GAGCAAUUAAAACGAUAUGUUCCAGAUGAAUGAACAAACAUAAUAAAUAGAUACUUUUUGUUUCUUAAACUGUUCAAAUGACGUUAGUGUACAGACUUCGAUGCGACUAAUGCUUGAAAGGAAAAGUUUGAUAUAUUUUUAAAAUUUAUAAAUAUUUAUUUAUAUUGCAUAUAAAUUAUAGUUAUCAAUAAAAAUUAAUAAACAUAGAUUACCAGCCAACCAAACAUUUGAGCUGGGUUUCUCAGAAGAUUAUCGUUGGAUCAAACAGGUAUGGCAGCCAAUUGAGGACGUAUAUACAUUGUAUAAAGUGUUUUCUAUUAGUGGAUUUCAUAAUUCAAUUUUCGCAAUGGAUGGGAAAAUGUAAACACUUUUUACAUAUUUAAAAUUGUUUCUGUUAAUGGUUUGCACAAAUUGUUGAGCUAAUGACGUUCAGUCAACGGUUCGUCAUCAUUCUUUUUAUAAUAUCACUUCCACAGGAGGUUUCACUGCUCAGAAAAGGUUGUGGAAAAACGGCCCUUCAUUUUCAGAAAUCUUUGCAAAAAAGAUCUAAGUAUCAUGUCAUAACAGAUCUUGACGAAGUGUUUAAAGGAAUAAGACGCUCUGUUGAUGAUGAUUGUGAAAAUCAAGGAAAAGACGAGCGUUUUAUUUUAGAAUCAUCUGUAGGUGCAGUAUCUUCUAACAAACGCAUGUCAGAAUUGAUACUUAACGAGAUUAAUGAAAAAAGCAAAAAUGCGUUGUCUUCAUUUACUUCAAAAAGAGCGGGUAUAUUACCAACUUCUGAUAUCCUAUCUAAUGAGAUAAAGUCAAAUAAUACAGAUACAAAAAGACUAUUGACAAGAAGAUUAAUUUCGGUAAGUGCUUUCUUAAAAGACAAUAAACAUAUACCGGAAAACGAUUCUUUGCUUAAUAAGAUUUCAUUAACCGAGUCUAAUAAAGAAACUCUAAUUACGGGCGGCGAUAACAAUAAAGCUGUUGCUCCUCAUCGCAGCUCUUCUGAUGUAGUAUCGCCAAGUUUAACUGGAAAUGACAUGCACUUAGAUCAUAUGAUUAACAGCGUAGAAACUGCAGACGUGAAUAACAACAAAAAACAAUUGGAUUCAUUGAAUCCUGUUUUCAACAAUAAUGAUCCAAACGAUAAAAGAACUUCAACUAGAAAACCAAACCUAAAAACUCUGAAAAACUCCCCGCUUUGGAGUUUGUCUAAAUUAAUAGAUGACGUCAGUCUUAUAACAGCAAACAAAAAAACAGACCGUUUGGUUUCGACUGCUGAUUCUUCAAAAGCUGUGGAAGAAAAAAAUAAACUUAAAAUAAAUUUUGCUGAAGCUUCAGAACCUAACUUGCAUAAAACAGCUGAAAAAAAAUCUGUUUCCAAAGACAAAAAGGUUGAUAAUUUAAUUGAUAGAGUUUUGUCGUCUACUAAAUACUCAUCGAGUAAAGAUAAUGUAAAAGUUGCUACUGAUAAUGUAAAAACAGCAAACACAAAAACUGCAAAUAUUACAUCAUCUGAAAAAAUUAAAAACGUAACCGUUGAAAAAACAAAUGUAACUACCGUAACCCCACAACAACCAAAGGAAGCUCCGGAUCCUUAUGCAGAAAUUGCGGCUGGACCUGAUCGCCCAAAGAUCCCAGUACUGAAAACUGACGAUCCUUCUUCUGACCUAGCUCCAAUGAAGAUGGAAACUAUGAAAAACUAUAAACCUCUUAGUGGUCAGCAUGACGUAGGAGGAUUACUAGAUAGUCUUACUGAUAAACUAAACGCGGGGGGUGGUGAUGUUGCACCAGAACAGCCCUUAACAUUGCCUCAAGAUAUGAGUAAUCCAUAUGGUGAUGAUGCAAGUUUGACAAAAGAUCCACAAGAGUCUCCACUAAUUGAUAAACCAGUUAAUCCCGAUAUUGCACCUUUAAAAGAAGAUUCAUUGACACAAGAUCCGCUUCCUAAAUUAUUUUCUGAUAAAGAAAGUGCGUUAGAUCAACCACAACCUAUUUCAGAAUCUAGAAUGGAACAAGCUGCAGCUGCUGUAGGUCUUGAUAAGGAAGUAAUGGAAAAGUUAGCGUCAACUGAUGAAAGUUUUUCAAAAGCACUUACAGAUAAAGAUGGGGCAAUAAAUAAAUUUGGUUCAAUGGACCUUCUUAAAGAUCCAUCAAAAAAUGAUGCUCAGGAUAUGAACGAUUUUGGAGGAGCUGAUAUAUCACCAGGACCUGAUCCUUAUUCAAAUCCUGGAGGAUCUGACCAAGGCAUUCCUAACGAUGGAGAUUCUACAAUAGGUACAGAGUAUGGUAGACGCCCAAGCAUGAAUGAUAUUGAUAACUCUGAACUAGUUAAUGGUGGUGGAGCUGGAGUUACAAGUAUACCUGAACAAGGCAUGAAAGAAGGUUUUGGUCAAGAGGUUGGGUACGAUCAAAUGGGAUUACAUGGUUAUGAACAAAAUGAAGAAUUAACCGGUAAUACUCGUACGCAUACUAACAGAGAUGAUUCUUACCUUAAUGCUGCAUUAGGUGCAAUGGGAGUUGCAGAAGGAGGGGCUUACGUACGUCAUGCUAUUCCUCGAUGGGAUAUGCCGUAUGAAGAUAAUAAAGAAAACUCUUUUAGCAACAGUUACAAUACCCACAUGUUUAAAAAAAACAUUAUACUUAGACCAAAACGAGAUAAGUAUGUUUCGCCCUUCUAUGAUCGAGAAUCAUUUGAUAACGAUUGGUGAUUAUUAUAAAUAAAACAUUUGGAAGAACCUUCCUUUGUUUCAAUUACUCCCAUUUCUUCCAUUAUCUCCGUCUUGUGAACUGGCUUUGCUAGAUAUGCAAAUUUUUACAAGUAUUCAAGACAAAUGAAUAAAGCAAAUUAUUUUAAUAAUAAAAACAUUAGCAUGAAAUUCCUCGAAGAAACAAUCAAACACAGAAUCAAAUAGUAAAUGUGUAAAAAAAUAAACAAACACUAAACCGUAAUUUAGUUGAUGAAUUAACGGGGUUAAAAUGAUCUGACGUUUGAUUUAGACGUUAAUACAUUGGACAGCAAUAACAAACGUGUCACUUAUUGGUGCAGGUCUUCUGCAGUAAAAUUGCAUGUUUAAAAAAUUUACGCAAUUAAAUGGUGUAGAACCAUACAACGCAAAAACAAUAAAAGAUAAAAAAAAAAUAUCUUUUGAUUAACUUGUUUAACGAUGAUAAACAUUAAAAUGUAUUA